AUGAGCAACAGAACCAGCAGAUGUGUCGGAAAAUCUUCGCUUGUUCACCUCUUAUGCCAAAACCAGGUAUUGGGAAACCCGUCCUGGACAGUGGGCUGCUCGGUGGACGUUCGAAUCCAUGACUACAAAGAAGGGACUCCAGAAGAGAAGACCUACUACAUUGAGCUGUGGGAUGUUGGAGGUUCAGUGGGUUGUGCCACUAGUGUGAAAAGCACACGAGCAGUAUUUUAUAACUUGCUGAACGGAAUAAUUUUAGUGCAUGACUUAACCAACAAGAAAUCAUCCCAGAAUUUGUAUCGCUGGUCUUUGGAAGCACUCAACAGAGAUGUCGCUCCAACAGGAGUUCUCGUGACAAAUGGUGACUAUGACCGUGAACAGUUUGCUGAUAACCAGAUUCCGCUGCUGGUAAUAGGAACAAAGCUGGAUCAGAUCCCAGAAACUAAGCGGAAUGAAGUUUUGACUAGAACAGCUUUCUUGGCUGAGGAUUUCAAUGCCGAAGAGAUAAAUUUGGAUUGCACCAAUCCUCGUUACCUGGCUGCAGGUUCAUCCAAUGCUGUCAAGCUAAGCAGGUUUUUUGAUAAGGUCAUAGAGAAGAGAUACUUCUUGAGAGAUGGCAAUCAGAUUCCUGGCUUCUCUGAAAGGAAAAGGUUUGGAGGAGGAACACUGAAGAGCCUUCAUUAUGAUUGAAUACUGAAGAAGUGGAAGAUGACUUCUCUGAGUUCCUAACGACACUCCCAUUCCGACUGGAUGCUUAAAGACAAUAAUGCUUAUGUCAAGCAGAGUAAAAUGAUACUGUGCUUUGGCCGGGUAGACUGCUGAAGCUACUUUUGCUGGAGAAGACUUGGGGAAGAGUCUAAUCUGAAGCCUAGAGUGUUUCUUAGGAUUGCAGGCUGUCUGGAUAUAUGGGAACAUUUGGGGAAAGCGUGCAAUAAAUUGAAUGCCUCUCACAUUGCUGUGGGAAACUUUAUCAUACACAGCACG